AUGCACAUUAGAAUUAUGUGGGUCGGAAUAUUUAAUUACCCGGUUAAAAAAUUCUGCGCGUGGACAGAAUCCGAAACCUGCGAAAGUUGGGCGAGCGAAAUUGAAAGCGCGUUGGGUUGGCUGCUGUUACUUACAGAAGUGCCCGCAAAGAUUGGAGAGAUUUCCGCUUAUGCCAAUGCCUAUGACGCACAUUGGAGCAAGCGCCGUCGAUCGCUUACCGUCGAGGAUGAGCAGAUCCUGGGCCUUGAGUAUGUACUUCGAACCAGUGGCUACGAAUUUGAUUAUGUUGUGAAUACCACUCUCCCAAUUGGAGAAGCCAAGGCACAGAAUGGUGACCCAGCCUUAACCGCUCGAUACUUCAUGAAGAAUGUGCGGAAAGGUGACAAGACUGGUCGGGAUUACACGAUGCUGAAAUUUGAGGAUGGCACUGGGCAGCUACACAUUCCAUUUGCUACAAGUGGUAACUCCACUGGUUCCCAUCAGAAGCGUUCAACCGGGAAAGGCGUCAAGAUUGCUUUCGAUGUUGGCUCCGCUAGGGUUACCUUGAAGAAGCAUGCAUUGGGUGCCGCCGAAGCCAUUUCGGAAUCGUGGCUGAAAUAUGCGAAGGAAGGUUACACGAACAUGUAUGGAUUUGUCGAGAAGGUCGCCACUUCUGUUCUGUACUUUCGCACCAUUGUUGAGAUGGAGGGCUUUGGUUACAACUAUGAAAACGUGAAUAGUUGCGGUGCUUUAUCCGAGUACCUUGGAACUUACUUAGGGUCUGACUGA